AUGACUGUGCGCACCGCAGAAGGGCUCACGCCCGAACAACUAACCUUUUUCAACGAGAAUGGUUAUCUACUGAUACCUGAUGCGCUGUCGCAAGACACGGUCAAGCAGUUGCUGGAAGACACAAACAAUAUGCUAAACGACUUUUCACUCAAUGACCAUCCCAUGACCAAGUUCUCGACUGGCGGCGACGACGGCGCGGACCACGUCGGAGACAGCUACUUCCUUGAGUCCGGCGACAAGGUACGGUUCUUCUUCGAAGAGGAUGCCUUCGACAAGUCUGGCUCACUGACCAAACCUAAACACCGCGCCAUCAACAAGAUCGGCCACUACCUCCACGAGCUCUCGCCUUCGUUCCGCAGCAUGUCCCUUUCCGCCCGCAAUGCCGCUAUUGCGUCCUCGCUCGGGUUCCGUGAUCCCCGUGUUUUGCAAUCUAUGGUUAUCUGCAAGCAGCCUGAGAUAGGCGGUGCAGUGCCGCCACAUCAAGAUAGUACCUUUUUGUACACGGACCCGCCGAGCGCAGUUGGCUGGUGGUAUGCACUCGAGGAUGCGACACAAGAGAACGGGUGCCUAAGCUUCGCUGCUGGGAGUCAUAAGCGUGCUGCUAUUGAGAAGAGAUUCGUCAGGACGGGCAAUGGUACUGGCUUCAUUGACAAUGAGGGUGCCAAGUUUCCAAAGAGUAUAAAGCACCAGACAAACGCCGAGAAGGAGUACGAGAUGGUCGAGAAGGAGGAGAGGUACGACAUGGGCGAGGUCAAGGCUGGCACUCUUGUCCUUAUCCAUGGCAACAUCCUGCACAAGAGCGAGAAGAACACCAGCAACAAAAGCCGGAAUAUUUACACGUUCCAUGUGAUUGAGGGCGAGGAGAGGUAUGACGAGAGGAAUUGGCUGCAACCGCCUGAGCAAGGGUUCUCAAGGCUAUCUCAGGAAAAGGUCGCGACGGACGCAGACAACAGACUUGCGAAGGACUGGUAG